UAUAUGAUCUGAAAGAGGAAGGUGGUGUAGAAGUUUGAGAAUGAUCUACAGGUGGUAGAAAAAGAGUGAUACAAAUCACAGCCUUUGCCUUUCACAUGUUCAAAGGAGCAGGAAACUAUUUGGGACUUGCAUGGGAAACACAAAACAAAUCAACGUUCCUAUCUUUGCUGUCCGAGAGGAGCCGUAAAUGGACUGCGCCUUUGCAUGGAUUUGAAUGUAAUCUAAAGAAGUUGUAAUGCCAAAUUUAGGAUCAAGGAAGAAAGACAAUCCCUCCAGAAUGGAGAGACGCUCUGAGGAUUUGCCACAGUUGAGCAAUGAGGAUCAGCUGAGCAUCUUGAACAAGGUGAAGAACGGAGAGUGGUCCAUCGAGGAUGCUCUGAACGAGGCCAGGAAGGAAAAGAAGCUGCUGCGUAAACAGAAGAGCCAGACUGAAGAGGAGCAGGAACCCUCACAGUACAACUUCAGUGUUCACAAGCACAACCGUUACAGGUGGCAGAAGCGGGUUCUUCAGAUUGACUUCAAGAACAAAAUGCUGUGCAGCAUCGAGAAAGGCAUCAUCAAGCGGCAACUUCCCUUUUCCAUUGUCAAGAGUUGUGAUGAUGGAGUGGGUUCCAGGUUCUCCAUUUCCUUUAAAGGAUAUCAUGAUUAUGAAUUGGAGGCCACUUCAGUGGAGGAAAAACACAAGAUAAUGCAGCUUGUGAAUCGGAUCAUUUAUGGCAACAUAUACAGCGAUCCUGAAGAGGACAAUGCAGAAACCCCUGAGCAGCCUGAAGCCUCACAGAGUCUGCUUGAAGGCGUCUUGUUGCUGCACAGAGGGGGCCUGGCAUCUUUCAGAUGGGUGAAAUAUGACGUUCAGCUGCACCCAGGCCAGCUGAUAAUGGUCCCCUUCAGGCGACGGGGCCCGGCUGACGGUGAGGGGACAUCCUCGGAGAGAGUGCCCAUCGUGGUCCAUCUGUCAGACGGAGACACCAGCGUCCAGAAACCUCACGGCUCCGACACGUUCACCCUGAUCACACACAAGAAUGAGUACCAGUUUCGGGUGCCUGUGCUAGAACACACCUCCGUCCCUGGUGGUGUGCAGGGUGAGCGAGACGCCUGGGUUCACGCCAUUGACAAACUGUGCUCAGAGUGGAAGAGGAAGUCAAUGGGCGAAAACAUGUUUGUGGGAAAACCGGCUCUACGACAUGUCAGCAUAGCAGAGGAGCCAGAGGACGCAGAUGUCGAGUUGAAUGUAACCACUUGUCCUCCAGUUGAUUGUAAAAACGCAAAUCCUGGUGGUGAAGAUCAGUCAUCAGCUGAAGACAUGAGUCAAACUGAUCCCACAGCUGACGUGACAAAGCCUGUUCCUAAAGCUCACAUCAGUAAAGCCCCUGAUGUUAUCGGGCCUGAUAUUCUGCCUACCGUGUCCUCACCCACAUACCCUGGUGGGUUUGCCUUAUCUUCCCCAACCUCCACUGACCCCUCACCCUUCCCCAGUGCCCUCACAUCCUCCUCCACAGUCCCAGAGUCUCCUAACCCCGAGCCGGUUGUGAAAAGGCCUCCACUCCCGAGCAUCCCGCCGCCUCCACCUUUACCCUUCCAAUUCAUGACUUUUAAAAAGCCACGCACCAAGGCCUUCCACUGGGACGUAGUUGGCACAGAUAAGAUUGCAAAAUCAUUUUGGAAACAGAACGCACCGGGAGGAUUGAAAUCGACACAUCGCGUUUAUAUGAGCAAUUUGCCGUUAAAGACGUGGGGACAGUCAGUGCGUCUGAGCCGAGCCACACGCAGCACAUCAUGCUCAACCAGAAGAUUGCACACAACUUCAACAUUUUCCUCAAAAGUUUUCCCGUGCUACCGGGAGAGCUGAAGGACAAACUGUUCGUGGUUAACGAGGAAGAUGGAGGCCUGUCUGAUGGGCACAUCACGUCUCUGAGGAGGUACGUCCCCACGUUGGAGGACGUGGAAAUGUACAAAUCCCACAAAGGACCUGUGACAGAGCUGCACAUUGUGGACCAGUACAUGAUGAGGUAGAGUUCAUUGCUCCUAAUAUUAACAAGGCUCAAGAUUAACA